AUGGACUUGAACCUGGAAAUGAACUCGACCCAUAUUCUGAUGAAACUCGACCCUCUGUGCUAUGAAUCUGUGAACGGAUCCUGUCCUAAAUUUACAUACCCUCUUCUCCUCCGAGUCCCACUCUAUGUGUUUUUCGGCAUAGUGGUGAUUCUAACAGUGUUCGGAAAUGUAUGUGUUAUUCUCGCUAUUAUUCAUUUUAAGCAGUUGCACAUGCCGACCAAUUACCUGGUGCUGUCUCUGGCGGUGACAGAUUUGCUUUUGGGAGGGUUCGUCAUGCCCCCCAGUAUGGUACGCUCGGUAGAGACCUGCUGGUAUUUGGGAAAAUUAUUUUGUAAAAUCCACAGCAGUGUUGAUAUCACACUGUGUACCGCGUCUAUUCUAAACCUGUGUUUUAUUUCCAUCGAUCGAUAUUACGCUGUGUGCCAGCCUUUACUGUACCAGACUAUAAUCACACCCUCCAUCACACUAAUCAUGAUUUCAAUCUGCUGGACUGUUUCGUUUGCUGUCGGAUUUGGAAUUAUUUUCCUCCAGCUCAACAUUUUAGGCAUCGAGGAUUUUUAUCAUGAAAACAUUGAAUGUGAAGGGGGGUGUGUUUUGUUUCAGAGUGCCGCUUCGAGCACGGCCUCGUCUCUGCUGUCCUUCUACUUCCCGGGUAUUAUAAUGCUCAGCGUUUACACCAAAAUAUUCCGCGUGGCACAGAAACAGGCCAAAUCCAUCCAAGGGUCAAAGCACAAAAUGCAAGCUACAAUAAGCAAAGAGGAAAGGAAGGCGACUAAAACUCUGGCAGUGAUUAUGGGAGUGUUUUUAUCUUUGUGGACACCGUUUUUCAUGUGCAACGUAAUCGAUCCAUUUAUCGGUUAUUUAAUCCCUCCAAUUUUGUUUGAUAUGCUGGUCUGGGUUGGAUAUUUAAAUUCCACCUUCAAUCCGAUUGUUUAUGCUUUUUUCUAUAAGUGGUUUAGAAAAGCGCUGUGGAUGAUUAUGUCUGGGAAGAUAUUUCAACCAGGGUCUUCAAGAAUAAAUCUAUUUUCACACUGA